AUGGCCUCAAGAGACGUCACGAGUAGGCUGCGGCAGAGCACUUGGAAUGGGAGUAUUCCGCUCGAGAUACGGUUGCACAAGGGCGACUGUAGAACGUACGAUGAGUCGGACCCUUACUUAAUACAAUUCCCACGAAUAUCCUAUCUUGGCUUACUCAUACACAAACUACAUGCCUUCUUCUCGCGCAGCCUCAUCUACCCGGACGUCUCGCCCAAAGACGCAUGGCUAUCCUACGAAGACGUGCCGCUCAAAUGGCAUUACCCCUUGGGUCUCCUCUAUGACCUCUACUCGGGCGCCGAGCCAGCGUAUCCUUCAGACACAGAUACAGAAGCCGUGCAAGCUCACAAGGUUGAGAAUACAGAGGAAGACGGCCAACAUUUACCCUGGCGUCUCACACUGCAUUUCUCUGGCUUCCCUUCCGAGCAACUUGUUCAACUCGAUAAUGACGAUAGGCACAUGCAUGAUCUUUUCAUUCAUAGCGUGAAGGAGGCGGAUUACCUGAGGACAGGAACGGGGAAAACAGUCAUGUUCUUGAGCAAAGAGGACAGCACACAGCUCUGGAACGGAGUGAAGAAGCACGACUUUGCGCUGUACAAUCCCAUCAACCAGAAGUUGCUGAAUCCGCAAGGGGUCAAUCUGAGACAUCUGCCGGUCAGGCUGUAUCUCCCGCAUGCGUCGUCAGAAGGGGUGCAAGAGGAAACGGCGCCAGGGAGUUUGAGAAUUGUGCAGAGGCUGGUCACGCCGAACCUGUCGUCUAGGCAACCACAGACCAUCGGGACCGCCUUGAACCAGAUAUUGCCGACCCUAUUUCCGAGCAGACGAAGUCCGCUACUGGCACAGGCAGUGCUGCACGGUGCCGUCUUGCCGCUGAGCGCGAGUGUGGAGGAGUUGGUUCGGGCGACAGCAUAUCUUGAUGGCUGGCUGCACAUAGCUGUUGUUAUGAUGGCGUGA